AUCUAAGAUCCUGAAAUGUUUGAUCAAAACUAAUGAAAUUCCUCGCACAAUUAUACCAAAUCGGUUGCCAAAUUGAACAAAGAUAACGUAAAAAAGUAGAGAUGAGGAAAGAAGUGAUAGUCGGAGCGUCCGUGGCGACGGUGGCGACAGUAGUGGUGGCCGGAGUGCUGUUGGCUCGUUGGAAGAAACGAGAUGAGAGACGGUGGAGACAGACGCAACGGAUACUACGUAGAUUCGCUAGAGACUGCGCCACUCCGGUGCCGAAGCUAUGGCAUGUUGCGUUCGAUUUGGUUUCCGAUAUGCAAACGAGCCUCUCCGAUCAAUCUCAGACGGAUUUCGUCAUGCUUCCAUCUUACACCUCCUCGCUUCCCAACGGUAAUGAGGAAGGUUUGUAUUACGGGGUGAAUUUACGUGAAGAUAAUUUCUUAUUGUUGAGUGCGCGGCUUAGAGGAAAACACGAACCGAUCACUGAUUUGCAAAGAGAAGAAGUCGAUAUCCCCACUGAAGUCAUUUCCGGUAGUUUAAAGGAACUGUUCGAUUUCAUAGCAUUGAAGCUAGCUGUGUUCAUUUCAACAAAAACAAAAACAGAUCCAAUUGCUCCAAAAGGAAAACUAGGGUUCACUGUGUCAUUUCCAUUACUUGAAGGACCUGCGGCAGCUGCAACUAGCAAAAACGUUAUACGAUGGAAAUCCUUCUCUGUUAACGACGCAGUCGGAAAAGAAUUAGCACAUGAAGUCAAUGAAGCGUUGGGAAAACAUGGAAUCGAUUUACGAGUUUCUGCAUUGGUAGAUGCUACGUUAGGGGAUCUCGCCGGAGGUCGGUAUUACAACCGGGAAAGUGUCGCCGCCGUUACUCUUGGGCUAGCUACUAACGCCGUUUACGUCGAAUCAGCUCAACUCAGCCCUAACGCCGGCGAAUCAAAAUUGGGCGAAAUGGUAAUCGAUAUGCAAUGGGGCAAUUUCAAUACUCCACAUCUUCCGAUAACAGAAUUUGACACAGCUUUAGAUUCUGAGAGCUCAAAUCCUGGAUGUCGGAUGUUUGAGAAACUGAUCGGAGGGAUUUAUCUAGGAGAAGUGGUGAGGAGAGUUUUGCUUAAAAUGGCGAGAGAAACUGCAAUUUUUGGUGAAAGUGUUCCGGCUAAACUCAAAACGCCGUAUACUUUGCGGUCGCCGGACAUGGCUGCCAUGCAUCAAGAUACAUCGGAAAAUCGGGACGCCGUUCACGAGAAGCUCUUGGAAGUUUUUGGGAUUGGUUAUACAAGUCCGGCCGUAAGAGAAGUGGUGGCAGAAAUCUGUGACGUGGUGGCAGAAAGAGGAGCGCGUCUAGCCGGCGCGUGUAUUGUCGGAAUAAUGAAAAAGCGCGGAAGAAUCAAUGAUAAAAAGAGUCUUGUAAUAAUUGAAGGUGGACUUUACGAACAUUACAGAGUUUUCAGAAAUUAUUUACACAGCAGUGUAUGGGAGAUGCUCGGAAGUGAGUUAUCAGAUAACGUGUUGAUUGAACACUCUCACGGUGGGUCUGGUGUCGGAGCUAUCUUUGUUGCAGCUGCACACUCGCAGUGUGAAGAGGAUGACGCUAUUAGUCUGUCGUUUGUUGCUGCGGCGGCAGCAACAACGGUGGAUGAUGACGACGAUAUGGACGAUCGAAAGUUUAUGGCGGCGGCAGGGACUUUGAAUGAUGAUGAUGAACCGUCAGAGUGGAAGGAUGAUGAUCACACGGAGACAGCGUCGUGGAGAGGUGAUCAUGUUGAUUCUACAGCAGAGACAACUGAUCAGUCGGAUGAGGAUGAUGAGUAAAGAGAAAGUCUGACGUGGAUUUUUUUUAUUAAAAAAUUACGAUGAUUUUUGGGAGAUAAUGUGGGAUUAUUUUGCAUGAUUUUUUGUUUUGUAUG